GUGUUUUUAAAAAAGUUGCGAAAUAUUUUCAGCCUUUGGUAUUUGGAAAUACCCAGUGACGGUUUGGUAAUUGUUGGAUAAAAAAAAAGUACUGCAAACUUCAAAUAUACCCAUGCAGCAGUGGUUGUCACUAUCACUUUAAUUAAAGAGUGAAUUGGAUACGCCUUUACUGCUGCAUAACUUUACAAAGAGUAGUUGACAACUGCAACGGUUUUGACACAAUAACAUUAAAAGAGUUGCUGAAGACAAGCAGAAGACGCAGCGCCCAAUUGCAGCUUCCGGCAUCAGCGGUUGCACUUGCAGUGAACAAAUCAUCAAAAAGAGCGAUUUCUAUGAUUAACCUAACCAUCAACUGCGCAAAGUAACACUAACGAAGUUGUAUUUGGAAUACGAAAAAGAAAAAAAGAAAAAAAUAAACGAUUGUGAGAGAAAAUAACUUUUGCUUGCCAAAUUGGAAAACACCGUCAAUGUGAAUUGCUACUACGUUUCUAUUAUUUUCUUGAUUCUACACGUCAAUGCCGCAGAGCUUCAAUUAGUCUAAGUUCAAGCAGCGAGUUAAAGCUGGAAUAUGGACUCAGAGUGAAUGUACCCACCCACUUACCAUAUAAACAAAGUCGACAGCUGUCGCUUUCUUUUGGCCACAUUUUAGAGCGCAUGGACAAAAAUCAAGUACGAAAUUUUGCGCAUACGAGGAAUACUUCUAUGGAUGAACAUGGAUUAUACUAAACGUUUUUUAUGGCUUUCCGGCAUUUUAUUGGGUCCAAUUCUACUUGCAGCCUUGACGUUACAAGAUGCCGCCAGUCCAGUAUUUCAAAAUCACAAAACGAAAGAGUGGACGAAUUUAGAUAACAUAACAUUCUCUUUUGAUUGUACGCAUCGGCCGGUUGGCUUCUACGCUGACAUGGAGUACAAUUGUCAGAUUUUCCACAUGUGCGAUGAGGAGGGCAAUCGCAUACCGCAUUUAUGCGCCAACGAAACUUCUUUCAAUCAGGAGUAUCGCAUCUGUGAUUGGGACUACAAUUUCAAUUGUACAGAGUCACCGAAAUGGUUUUAUCUGAACGAGCUGACGUAUGCCACGGAACCACCCGAUGAAGAUGAAGACUAUUGAAUAGCACCACCAACCAACCUAUCCACUCCCAAUCAUUCUAAUCGUCUGCUUCUUCCAAUCACUCUGAGUGACCUUACUGACAAGUAAAUAAAUAGUUAAGCGAAUUUGUAUUUAUAUUAUUGUAAUUAAAUCUAAUUUGUUACGGUAAAACUACUUAUUCUAAACUAAGCGUACAUAUUUAUGUACGAAUUAGAUAUAUGUAUAUUUAAUCGAUGAGAUUCCGAAGCAGCCAAUUUCGUUUCGAGUAAUUUUAGUAAAUAUGUGUGUAAUUAAUGGAGUUUUAGCGCUAACGAAUUUUCUUAUUUAAAAUUU